UGACAAAAGACUACAAUGGCCACCGUUGAACAGCAGAGCGACACAGCGCGGCAAGCAGCUCGCUACUCGCGAUAACUCGCGUUGGGGCAGCAGCUGGGCGGAAAAGGCGGGAGAAGACUGUGCCGCUUCCGCGUCCGCGCAGAGACACAACAGUAAGGCAAAAUGGACGAUAAGUUAAUAUUGGCAGUAUUUAAUCACCCAGAGCUGUACAAUGUCACUUUGCCUAAUUACCGCUGCACGGAAAGUCGGAUAAAUGCUUGGAGAAGCAUUAGUAGCGUGCUGGGGCUCCCAUCUGAGGAGUGUAAAAGAAAAUGGAAAAACAUGAGAGACCGGUACUUGAAGGAAGUCCGAAUGGAGAUCAAAAGCAAGAAGCAAGGAGAGAUUGUACAAAGCAGAUGGAAAUAUAGACAACUUAUGAACUUUAUUGCACCCUUCACUGGAUCAAGAAGUGGCGAGGCCGAGAUCUGCGGCAGCAACGACGACGACCACGACAAUCCUGACAAUGAAUCCGGCAGUGCCGAGGCAGAAACGACAUUGUCUGAGGCGGUCAAGACCAAGCAGUCCGUUGUGAAGGGCCCUCUGAGUCAAUCUGACAUCAAGUCCCAGGUAGCGUUUGUGGCCCAGUAUCCUUCAAUGUCUCAAGAUGCACAGCUGGCCGUCCUGGCUAAGAUGCCUUCGAGCCCACAGAUCACCCCCAUCACCAAAACUGGACGGAAACGGCGUCUGAUGCAAGAGUCCCUUUCACUGUCGUCUUCUCAAAGUACCCCAUCCCCUACAAAGUGGCUGGUCAAAGACAAUGGCACCCCCUUCCCCAACAGGCCACGGGAUGAGGAUGAACUGUUUCUUCUGAGCUUUGUCCCUGCUCUGAAGCGACUUGCUCCCCAGAAGAGGUGCGAGACCAAAAUAAAGAUCCAGCAGGUUAUGUAUGAAGCAGAGUUCAACGUUGCACAGCCAGGAUCUCAGGAGAAACUAGAACCAGCAACACAGGACUAGGCAAAACUGACUAUUUUUAUACUUUAUUCUGCUUCCUAAAAACCUCUUCCACAAAAUAUUUUUUCUUUUUUACAGCACAAAGUGGUUGAGUCUGAAAUACAUCCUUUUUAAUGUGAAAUAAUUAACAUUGUAGAAUAACUAAGCAUACAACUAUUGAGCAA